UAUCUUUAUUACAUAAACACAUAUUUAAUUUAUAUUUAAAAAAUAUAUCUAUAUUCAUUAAGUACUUUGUUGCACAUACCACUUUGGAAGUGUGUCUCGCGCAAACUAUAUUAAAAAAAUUGUUUCAGUUCUAAGUAUGGGAACCCCCAAAAUUUAUUGUUUUUUUUUCUAUUUUUGUGUAAAAUCUUAAUGCGGUUCACAGAAUACAUUUACUUACCAAGUUUCAACAGUAUAGUUAUUAUAGUUUCGGAAAAAAGUGGCUGUGACAUACGGACGGACGGACAGCCAGACAGAUAUGACACAUAUAUAAGGGUUCCGUUUUUGCCAUUUGGUUACGGAACCCUAAAAACCAAUAAAUAGUAAUCUUAUUAAAUUGUACAAUACAGCAGACGGCAGACUAUCAUAAUACCCAAUCAAAAUAUCUAUUCAUAAAUGUUAAGCCCCUAUUAGUUCGAUCAAUUAUACACAAACAUACAACUCAAAAGAAAACACUUCACCCCUCCGCCCAGCGCCCUCUCGGCGUAUUUUCCCUGGCUUUCCCACUUUCUCUAGUUCCGAAUACGCUCACCAGAGGGCGUGGUGGCUUGCGCCCCAACGUGAUCAAUACGUGCGCCGCGCCGCCAGCGAGCUUGUCACCCUCAGCUUGUCACGUCAGAUCGUCCGACGCUUGCUCCCAACAAUACUACACUCUCGAUGUAUCUCUUAUGAAGAUGGUCCGAAAAUCAGACAGGUCCGCCCCGACCUGAACGCGCUUAGAUUCGGGUUAACAGUUUUCAUUAAUCGCCAACAUGCACCUUCAUUUCGAGAGAAACGUUAACGCUAAAUGUGACUGCACGAUACUGUCGCUGUCAUGGAUGGGGAAAGUGCCCGACGAGCUGCCUGAGGAGGAGGGCUGGAAAUUGAACCGCAACAACUACUACCAAGAGGGCUGGCUAGCGACGGGCAACGUGCGCGGUGUGGUCGGCGUCACGUUCACGUCGUCGCAUGCGCGCCGUCCACACGAGCUGCCCCUGAGAACCAACUACAACCUCAGGGGACACAGAUCUGACGUGAUCCUGGUGAAAUGGAACGAGCCGUAUCAGAAGUUGGCCUCAUGCGACAGCUCGGGUGUGAUCUUCGUGUGGAUCAAGUACGAGGGGCGCUGGAGCAUUGAGCUCAUCAACGACCGGAGCACGCCUGUCACUCACUUCUCCUGGUCACACGACGGACGCAUGGCCCUCAUCUGUUACCAGGACGGCUUCGUGCUGGUCGGGUCGGUGGCGGGGCAGCGCUACUGGUCGUCCAUGUUGUCUUUGGACGCGAGGAUCACCUGCGGCUGUUGGACCCCGGACGAUAACCAGGUCUACCUGGGCACUGCAUCAGCACAACUCGUGGUUAUGGACGUGCAUGGGGCUAUGGUCUCUCAGGUGCAACUGGUAGCCGAAGGUGGCAUAACAUCAAUGGCGUGGUCUUGCGAGAAGUUCAAAAUGGAGGAGGGCGAAGAAAGCACAGAGAACAAUGGUGGCCACGUGUUAGCUGUAGCAUUAGGCAAUGGAGAGAUUGUGUUGUUACGCGGACACGAUGACGUCAGCCCGGCUAGGAUAUGUACGGGGCUGCGCGGGAACACCCUUGCUAUGGAGUGGGCCAACUCGAGAGAGCUCCUCGCCGUUGCUGGCACCCUGUUACCUGAACCCGACGAGCCGCCCGACUCGCCCCCGUAUAAAAACGUCGUCAAGUUUUACUCGGACACCGGAGUGUUAAUCUACACUGUGCCAAUACCUUAUACUCAGGCACGCGUGUCAGCCUUAACCUGGGGACACGCGGCCCGUCGCCUAUUCGUGGGCGUUGGCGGAGCCGUGUGCACGGCGCGGGUGUGGAGGGUGGUGGCGCCCCUGCAGCUGCUGGCCAGGGUUCGGGCGGCCCAGGCUUUAAGGGAACCGAGGUUGGCGCGGCUGCUGCCUCUGCCACCGAGACUGCAGCCAGCGUUAGCUAAUCUCUUCGCGCAUACUAUACGGUGUAACGUCCCAGAAACAAGUGAGCUUCGACUCUUCGUCUCUCGGCCACCAGGCGCGGGGGCUCGCCUACACUGCACCAUGUUACGUCACGAUGAUGAAGAAGCAGGGGCUUACACCUUAUACUUGGAGCAUCUAGGAGGCCUAGUUCCCUUGUUGAAGGGGCGAAGGACCAGUAAGAUCAGGCCUGAGUUCGUCAUAUUCGAUCCUCAGGCUGAAGAGAGCGCGAGCUCCGUCCGCGAGAGCAGCAACAGCAGCAGCAGCAGCGGCGCGGGCAGCGCCAGCAGCUCCAGCGGCAGCGUGGGGGUCAGCUCCCCCUGCGUCGCCCGCCACGCGCCCCAGCCCCUCGGACACACCUCGUCUUCCGACACUGAGCGGGAGGAAGGUUGCUCGGGGUCGCCGCGGCUGCAGCGGCGGCGGCGCGCGCGCGAGCGCCGCAAGCAGCGCGCCGCCGCCGACAAGGACGAAGCGCCCGACGAACUCGCCUACAUCGACUCCUUGCCUGAGGACGUGCGUCUGGUAGAAGUAACGUCCAACAUCUGGGGCACUAAGUUCAAAAUGCACGGCUUAGCGAAAAACGUGCCCGCCAACCUCGGCCAAGUGACCUACAAGACGUCUCUCCUUCACCUGCAACCGCGACAGAUGACGCUCAUGAUCACUGAACUCAGGGACGACUACCCUGUAGGCCCCGACCCUAACUUCAACCCCAAUAUAUUUUCUGAAGAUGAAGAAGAAGUUUUUCAGUCCAACGAUUCGACCAGCUCUCCGUCGCAUACCAAUAAUAAUAUAAGAAGGAAAUUAACGCUAAGCGAACGAAUAAAUAACACCAACAACAUAAUUAACCAAAAUGACUACUCCACAAAUAAUAACAACUCGACCGGGCCAUCGCUGGCAACAGCAGAGUCGUACGACGAAUUUCCAUACAUAGAUACGAACGAUACCAUGAACAAUGUGCCAGAAACUGUGUACACAGUUCGACGCGGGCACGCGACUGGCACUGUUACUGGCAGACAUGCGAUUUCUCCUCUACGAUGCGAGGGCUCCGUGCCCACUUUACAGUCUCCUAAAAACGCAGUCGCUCCUACUGAUAUCAUCUUCGAACGGCCCUCACCCCAAACUGUUACGUGUGGUGGCCGCGGCGACUUUUGUGGUGGUCGAGCAGACUACACCGUCCGUGGCGACAAUGUUUCAUUGAAAACGAAUUUGUCUAAUAUUGAACAACAGUCAUUUAGCUUAAAUCUCAGUCUAGAACCCAGCAGACAGGUCACGAUUAAAAAGGUAGAUAGCCACGUGACAGAUAACUGUCUCUCGAAGUUAAGAAAAAAUAUCUGCAACAGAGGCGAGGCCUCGUACGAUAUGAACACUAGGAUAUUGAAAUCUUUCUGUAACAAAAAUUAUGAGCAUGAAGUCCAUCCUGACGCAAUGUCUAGAAGAGCGGAGACACUGAAGAAUUUGCAAAAAGGGGAGGAUUUGAAGUAUAUAGACGAAGAAACACCAGUCGAAACUAAUAUAAAUAACAUAGUGGAAAGGGGAAGGGAGACGAGAGUGCAAAGGACCACUACGGUAGUUCCGAUCAGUCCAGUGUGCGCGAACGUGCCGGUGUACGACACAAUGACGAGGAGUUGCAGUGUGGGGUAUUUAGACUUGGUGGACCCUCAGGUGCUACGUUCACACGUCAGCUUGAGUGCGUUGCGCGGGGAACCUCCCCGAAGGCUGGUUCUAGUAAAUAAUAAACGGCAGAGACGCGUGCGACGGCAUCGGAAUCCCGAUAACAAACAACCCGACCAAGCAAAAACUCCUUCUUUGAAAAAGUGUGGCAAAUCAAAGAGUCUCGACUCGAGCGAGCUGUCAGUCGCAGCUGAUAAAAACGUUAGGAACUUAAAAUCGGAUACGAUGUCGAGAGCCGACGUGGUUUCGGCGAAUUCUAGCCGGUGUACGAGCACGGGCGGCGAGGACAAUAGCAACACCAGUGCGGAGGAGAACGGGCGGCGGUCGAGGCGGGACUAUCCCGUUUGUACCGUGUGUCGGCUGGUGGCGCCCAACGACAGGCGCCCGGGGCCGGCGCCCUACGUGUGCGCGGCGUGCGGCGGCGGGCCCCGGGUGCCAGGGCCCCGGGCGGCCACGGGUCGGGCGCCCGCCGUCCCCGCGCCCGCCCCUUGUCGCCCCCCACCUACAGACAGCGACUCCGACUACAGCAAGUAUUAUAGUUCGUUGGAGCAGCUAGCGUUACGUCUCCUGGCCUCUCGGUCAGGCCGGCGGGGGCGGGAGGCGCGGGAGCGGGAGGAGAGUCGAUCAAGGGAAGUGAGUGUCGCCCGGGAAGUGAGUUCCGCCCCGGCGUCGCCGCGGCCGGCGCGUGCGCAGCCGGCGCCGGCGCCUGCCACCCCUAGGCGGAGUAGAUACUCAUCUGCCUCGCCUAUUAGGUAUGUAGAACAAUUGCUCAACUCGCCGCUGCUGAGCCGGCGGCGGAACAAGAAGCCGUCGGAGAGCUCCGACGACGAGUACUCCGGCUACAACGAGGUCACCAGCAAGAACUAUAGAGACCUCGAGAGCUUCCAGAAGGCGCAGCUUAGGAAUAAGUUAAAACGGGCGGGCACCCUGGGCGGUGGAGGGGGUGCGGGCGGGGGAGGGGGCGCGGGCGAGGCGCUGUCACGGCGCCAGCUGGUGCUGCACAACAAGGCACCCAUGUGGAACGAGAACAGCCAGGUCUACCAGCUCGACUUCGGCGGCAGGGUCACGCAGGAGUCCGCCAAAAACUUCCAGAUCGAAUACCAUGGCAAGCAGGUGAUGCAAUUCGGCCGCAUCGACGGCAACGCAUACACACUGGACUUCCAGUACCCGUUCUCCGCGCUGCAAGCGUUCGCGGUCGCGCUCGCCAACGUCACGCAGCGGCUCAAGUGAACCACUUAUCACUAUAACCUAUCAUCACUGCUACGUUUACAUGCUCGCACACUUGACAAACUCGACUUUCCGAAAGCUAAACAGUGUACGUAUUGCCGUAACUUUUAGCAAGCAUGUAAACUAGGCUAUAUAGCUAGCAGGGCACGGCGGUGACCAGCAUAAAAUCUGCUCUUGAAGUUGCAAGGUCUGUGCCAUAAUGGUGUCUUAGACUUUUGCUAGCUUUUUCCCGACAUUUUCCUCGUGGAAUUUUUAUGAUUUUAGAAAUAAGAACUAAUUUUUUCGUCGUCUCGAAUGAAUACAUGAGAAACAUAAGGUAAUAUCGUGUUUCUCACAUUAUCAUAUAACUUGUGAUAAACAUUACGCGCUGCCCUACUAUUGCUCUCUAUCUCCUGAUGGAACGCGUAUCUUUUGAUAAAUGGAAAAAGAAAACUAAACAUUUAAGCCAAAUGAUGGUUGCCGCUGUUGUCCAGCGACUAGUCGCGUCCAAAGGCUGUAGUAGUCACGUGUCAGCGAGCAAACCCAUCCAUGAGUAUUUUUACACAAGCUUAGAUAGGUAGCUUAUGAUGUAUCAAAUUCAACGUCUCCACACCUACUGCGUGUCGUAGGCUAUUUACAGGACACAUACAUUCCGAUUUCUUUGUAAAAAUAAACGUUUUAUGGCCAUCUUGGUAUGAUAAAAUCACGAUAGUCCAAUAGUAUUGGGAGCUUGUAUUCUAAUUUAGCGCAAAAAAUUAUUCGUACAAUUUUUGCGAUAUCUUGUUUUCAUCCGCCAAUCUAGGAAAUCGACUUGAAGCAUAGAGUAAACAUCGAAUGUUGUCCAUAAUAAUAAUGUUAUUAUUAAUGUUAGCUUAUAGUGAUGUUACUACUGAUUCAUACAGCCAAGAAAACGAAUUAAAUUGCAGCUGCAAACAAAUUACUUGCGAUCUGACUUAUAUGGAUGGACCGAACCUAGUCUACGACACAGGUUUCUCGAGACCGACAUGACGACAAGUCCUGUCAAAACUUAAUAUAAUUAAACAAAACAAUAUUUUAGGUACAAAUGUCGUAUAUUUUCACAAUAGAUGCUGUAAUUUGUAUAAUCGAGUACACUUUCUUGUAUAAAGAGGAUGUACUGAAAUAAAUUAUUGUUACGUUGCCGCUAAACCAAACAGAAUGGAUUUUGUAAAAUAUUUAAAAUUGAAAUCUUUCUGAAAUAAUGAAUUCUUAGUGGCUUCGUUUACAAUCACCUUGGUAGGCCUACAGAUGUAUAAAAGAGAUUCCAUUUCCGUAGCACUAUUUUAUCCUUCAUACAUUUCUCAUUGGGAUAUGCCAGAUAGACGUUAGUAACUUGUAAAUAUAUUUUCACAUUCCAACGUAGUUUUCGUUGGUUUAGUAUUUAGUUUCUGUCUCUUCUGAUUUUAUUCUUUGACAUUCUUCUUCUUCAUAUUUUUUAUAUCUGUGACGUGGCAUAUCCCUGAAGUGGCAAAUCUAUUUGGUCUAUAGUUAUAAAUUAAUCAUAUAAAUGUUGUAAGUCCGUUUUAAUUGAAGCAAUCUUAAUACCCUUAUAUUUAUCAUGAUUUGUUUUAUCACGUUCAUUAUUGUUUACUAUUGUUAUGCACAGGAUGUUUAUACUCGUAUUUAAAAUUAUAUAGUUAAUAGUUUUAUUUAAAUUAGGUAAAUGUGUUAAUUUUACAAUGUAUAGUCACCUGAUCAUUAUUACGCUUCUAUUUGUUUUUUUCGAAAGUUGGGUCUAGGUACAAAAUUAUUUUUUUUUUAAAUUAAUAUUUCUAAUUUCCAUUAUCACGAAAGGAAUUUCGCACCCGGAAAUUAAUCCUUCUAGUUGUUGUGUUGUGUGUUACUCUUUAAAAUGAAGUUGUUGUUGUAAAUUAUUCUAUAUUACCAGGACUUACCAAAGUAGAAUUUGACAAAAUAAUUUAAUUGAAUUAUUAUUUUUAUAUAGAUUGCACACCUAUGAUUAAAGGCUGACUCGAUAGUCUAUGCACAUUUGAUUUGAUUGAAAUAUACAUAUCUGUGGUUGAUUACAUUAUAUUAUUAAAAUGUUUAGUGAGUAAUUGAUUUGUUAUUGAUUCAGUUAAGACUGCACAUUGUAAAUAGUAUGUGAUCAUUGAAUUGUUUGUGUAACAUUAACUCUUAAUUUAGCCCUAGUGAUAAACAAUUUACUUAGUACCUCUUUAGCUGCAGUUGUCUGAUGAAACCAAGAAAGCACAAUAUGUAAGUAGGACCUAUACAUGUCAGUAUUAUUAGAAAUGAAAUUAAAAACAGUACUCUACUUUCAGAAAUAUUGAACUAAAUGAAAAUAUAGUUGUGUGUACUUUUUAAAUUUAAUAAAAUUUAUGCUGUUAGAAUUGUUUCACACGCAUUGUUCAAUUUAAUGAGGAUAUUCGAUGGUCAGAGUUUUCAUAAGACAGCUGUGUGGGUAGUAAGCCCUGUUUGUUUUGUUUGCUCAAUGUUGUCCCAGUUUUGUUAAUACUAAUGUUGAAGUGUUAAUGCAGCUGUUGGUCAUGAAAUGAAUUAAUAAAAAACUUUAAAACUGCUUUACUGGCUUGUCACAGGUUUGGAAUUCUUAAUUGUAUAUGCCGUCUCGCGUAAAUGUAAAAAAAUAUAACAAGUAAAAAUGAUAUCUAAAAUGGAAUGCCAAACAAAAUAUUAUCAUUUUUAGACCAAUGCGCAUUUGUUGUAAUUUGCUUUUUAAACAGUCACUUCUCAGUUGUAUAUAACUAUAAUAGUGACAAAGUGUAAAUAAAAAUAUUCUCUGAAUACAAAAAA